AUGAACAUCGUUCGGUCUAUUACUAAUCGAGAAAAAGGCUUAAAUUCUAUUAAAGACUAUGAUAUUGCAUUGUUGCGCUUAAAGUGUUAUUAUGAAGAUGUUUAUAAAGGAAUUGAACCAAAUACAAACGCCCCAGAUUUUAAUCCAGAGCCACCAGUGUUUGCUUGUCGAUUUUCUUUGGCUCCUGGUUAUGAAGAAGUGAUAGCUCUUGCAAACGAAGAUGGAAAAAUUGCGUUACAAGAUACGACUAUUAAACAAAAAUAUAACAAACCAUUGGAAGGAACACAGGCGCACACCGAUGCCAUAUUUGAUAUUGCAUGGAUGCCACAAGAACUGAAACUAAUUACUGCAUCAGGAGAUCAUACCGCUCGUUUAUGGGAUGUAUCUUCUUCGGGUUUUCAAGAAUUACAAAUAUUUCAUGCGCAUACUCGUAGUAUUAAGAGCGCUGUUUUUCGGCAUCAUGACAAAGCUGUAUUUGCAACUGGGGCUCGUGACGGAGCAAUAAUGAUAUGGGAUACUAGAGCUAGUUAUAGUAAUCGACCUAAACCUGAUAAUUCUAUAUAUGAUGCACAUAAUACAAAACUACCAAAUAAAAUAAGACAACGUAAAACGUCAUCUUUUAUAAGAAGACAAAAUCAUAUUCAAAGUAUUACAGGUUUAGCUUUCCAAGAUGAUUAUACUCUUCUGUCAUGUUCUACUGGUGAUGGUUUAAUAAAAAUAUGGGAUCUCAGGAAAAACUAUAGUAUACAUAAAAAAGAACCCAUAGCAAAACAUAUUAUGAAUUAUGGAGGUAAAAGUAAUAGUAAUGGCUUUACUUCCUUACUAGUUUGCCCAAAUAGGAUUACUUUGUAUGCAAGCUGCAUGGAUAAUAUAAUUUAUGCAUACAAUAUAUCAUCUUACAAUUCCAAACCAAUUGCAGAAUAUUAUGGACAUAAGAAUUCAACGUUUUACGUUAAAGCUUGCCUUAGUCCUGAUGGCAAAUAUCUUGCUAGUGGAUCGAGUGACGAAUUGGCUUACAUUUGGCACACAAAAAGGCCUGGUGCCCCUUUACUUAAGCUCUCUGGUCAUAGAGAAGAGGUUACUUGUAUAGCAUGGUGUAGUCUAGGGGAAUCAAAAAUCGUUACUUGUUCAGAUGAUUCUUGUCAUAGGAUAUGGCGUAUAGGACGUGAGCAUAUUAACGAAGAUGAAAAAAUAAAUAUUUGUGGUAAUGCAGAACCUAUUCCACAAGUAUUAAAUUAUCAAAUAGAUGUAUCAACUUUAGAAAAAACUCCUACAGUUAUUAGAUCUCAAACUAUCCCAGAAUGUUCAUCGGAAUCAGAUCUCACUCCAGUAACUACGACAAAUUCAAAUUUAACGGAUCAUUCUUAUAAACAUUUUCGAUCGUCAAAGAGGUGUUAUGUUCAAAUAUUCAAUGGCUAUUGGUCAGAUGGCAGUUAUAAAUUCAUUUUGUCUCCUGUUCAAGAAACUCUCGAGACGCCAGCUAAGCGUCUAAAUGUUGAAAAUAGAGGUGCUAGAAGACUUUUUUGUACAGAAAUGUGUUCGAGUAGCAAAGGACAUGUACAAUCAAAUAAUUGUUAUGAAUUUCAUGAAUCUAGUUCGAGUUCUACUAAUCGUGAUGCGACGUUAACAGCUUUCUCACCGACGUCCAAUUUACCAAAUUUUGUGGUAGAUGGAACUGCCCCACAUUUAUUAGAAAUGUCACCACAAAAAUUAAAAGAGAAUAUUGAUUGGCUGACGAAAAUUAGAAAAGAAAAAUAUUCUCAACAUAAUUGUAAAACUAUUUUGAAGUUAUCAAGUCCAAAACAAGAUACGACUCCAAUUCACAGAAUAAACAGGUCAAGAUCAACAGAGCCUAGAAAAACGCCAAACAGUCCUACAUAUCCUUUAUUACAGUAUUUUAGACCAGCGAUCAAGGAUUGCAAUAAUGAUGUGUGCCUAGAAAGUAAAAAUAUGGCAUCACCAUGUUCUUCACAAACAAAUUAAUUAAUACUUUUGUAUUCUCAUUUUAUUUAUUUAUGAA